AUGUUGGGAACAUUAGAAGGGAACCAACAGUACAACUAGAAGGACGGGAACACCUAGGUUCGGCAGCGGCGUGUCGUUUAACACCUAACACCACCACAAUGGCUGACCCGGAGAAGCAGCCCGAACAACCAAAGGCUGUACAGCAGAAGCAGGUCAUCGCUAACAAAGUGACCGGGACUGUGAAGUGGUUUAACGUAAAGAGUGGCUACGGGUUUAUCAACAGGAAUGACACCAAGGAGGAUGUGUUUGUCCAUCAAUCGGCCAUCGUAAAGAACAACCCUAAGAAGGCUGUGCGCAGCGUGGGAGACGGUGAGGUCGUAGAAUUCGACGUGGUAAUUGGCGAAAAGGGUAACGAGGCGGCAAACGUAACCGGCCCCGAAGGAGAGGCGGUCAAAGGAUCACCUUACGCGGCAGACAAGCGUCGCGGAUAUCGCCAAUGGUUUUACCCACGUCGAGGAGGCGCCAGACCUCCACGAAGACCCCGCGAGGGUCAAGAAGGGUACGAGUCCGGUGAAGGUAAGACCGGAGAAGAUGCGAGCGCCGGAGAAGGUGGCGGACAACAACGUCGAUACAGACCAAGACGUCGUUACGAUGGAUUCUACCGAGGAACACGUCGUUCUGGUCCCGGAGGUCAUCAACAGCACCAGGGCGAGGGCGGCGAAGAGGCAGGCGAGAACAUCGAGCAGGGCGGCGAAGGAGUUGGAGAAGGAAAUGCACCCCGCGGGGGAGGCGGAGGUCGUGGGCGCGGCGGACCACCAAGGAGAUUCUUCCGCAGGAACUUCAGAGGUGGAAGAGGAGGCGGACCGCCCAGACGUCCACGAAGCCAGGAUGGCCAGGUGAGUGAGGAGGAAGAGGGUGCCGGGGAAGGGGGCCAGGGUGGCGGGGGUUCGCAGAGACCCCUACGCCCCCGCUACAGACGUCGUGUACCCCGUCUACCUCGUCCAAAUAACCAUCUUCAGGGCGCCAACAAAGAGAAUCUCCAGCCCGCGGCUAACAAAGCUGAUCCUACUCAUGUACAAGCCCCUGCAGCCAAGACCCUCUCAGAGGGCGGCGACAAGCCUGUCAAGUCGGAGCAGAAGCCGGAUGCACCUAAGGAUGCACCUGCACCUGCCCCCGCUCCACAGGAGAGUCAACCGGUGCAGAACACCACCACUGAAAGCACUGCUUAAGGGAGAUGAUUGCCGCUGUAGGGUGUAAAAAAUGGACAUCUCUUAUAUAAUUGAAACAAAAAUACAAUGAAGAACUAGAGUGGAACUAAGAAACUGAAGUUUGGAUUUAUGGUAAAUUAUAUAUUACAUGUGUACAGCGGCAAUAUCAUAACUCUUAGCAGAGUCGCAGCAACAGCAGCAGAAAACAGCAGCAGCAGCAAAACCGCAACAACAACAACAAAACAACAACAACAUACUAUAAAAAUUAUUUAAAAAAAAAACUUAAAAAAAAAAGAAAAAAUCCCCCAAACUAAAAAAAAGAAGAAAAAAAUCUAAAAAACCAAAAAAAAAAAAUCAAAAAAAAAAACAUGCAAACGAAUCAUACAAUCCGUACACUACCCCACGAAAACAAGGAAUGAAACAAAAAUAACUAACUUAGACCCUCCCCCCACAAGGAAUUAGUAGAGAACGUCAAAAUAACGGAAACGGUGAGUUUCUAUUCGUAUUAUUUGUGAAUAAAUAUCGCUAUUUGAGAUUGCGAUAUGAAUUCAAUGAUCAAAUUAUGAAAGAAAAGGAGAAGGGGAAGAAGAAGAAACACGUCAUACGCAAAGUUUAAAUCAAUCAGCUAAUAUAAAAUUUGAAAUUUCUAUCUUACUAUGAAUAUUGAAAAAAAUUAAUUUGAAUUGAAAAAGUAAACUUGUGGCAGGGCUCAACGCGCGGGGUUUAAUUAAUUAUUUCUUUCAUAGUUCAACAAUAAUUAAUUCAUAAUGAAAUAUUAGUGUUGUGUUGGAAUAAUUUCGUGGUGUUUUGUUGGACGAGUAUAAUUUUGGUGUUGGUUUUUAUUGGUCAUUCUUUUUUCUCUUAUUUUUUCAUCGUAAAUAAUGAAAAGAGAAUGAAUUAGUAUUCCGCGAUUGUUAAUAUAUUGGAAAAAUAUUACCACGUGGGUAUCCAAACCAUCACCGAGAAAAGAAUCAAUUGUAUGAUUGUAGAAAUUUGAUGAAGAGAAAGAAAAACAGAAAUCAAUAAAAAAAAGCAUUCAAAAAUAAAAUCAACAAGGUGGAGAAUAAUAUCGUAUACCUUUUAUUAAACAAGGGGAUUUUUAUGUCACGUAAAAAUAAUAAUGUUAGAAUCGUACGACGCAUGAAGGGAUGAAAAUAAUUUCAACAAUUUUACAAAAAAAAGAAAACAAGAAUGAAAAAAAAGUAAUCAUUUUGCGAAUACAUGCGGCGGCAAAAUUUUGUAACACUAAGAAAUCAUUAGUCAUCAAUAAUAAUAGUAAUAACAAUAAUCAUUGAAUCGCAUUAAAGUGAAUUGUAAAAUAUUAAUAGACAAGGAAGAGAAUAGAGAGAUUCGGCAGAGAGUCGGUAUAAUCUGGUUGCAUAAUAAAAUUAUGAUUUUUUGCUUAAUAUUAACAUGCAUAUAUAUAUUUUUUUUUUAAUUUUCUCGUUUUCGUUUUCAUUGACUUUGAACAACAUGGAUUUUUUUUUCGAACGUAUUUGACCAAGUUCUAUACUGAUGAUGACUAUGAUCAUGAUAUUAUACGAUUUCUAUAUUGAGUAAUAAUUUAGUUUGAUAAUUGUUUAUUAGGUUUUUUUCUUUUCUCUUAUUCUGUGAUUUUCAAUUAUACCCUGAGACCAAUUGAUGCGAAUUGAACGUAGAUAUCUUGUCUGAUUUAUUGAUCGAUUCUUAUCACUCUUGAGAAACAAAAAAGGGAAACAAAUUUCAAAGAAUAAUUUACACUAUAAAAUUAUAAUUUACAACUCACCUUAUAUACACUUUUAAGUAUAUACAUACGCAUGAUCAAAUGAUUAGGUAAUAAUGAGACUAAAAAGCAAAUUUAAUCAUUUGUAAAAUUGCGAAUUACGAUUAUUGUAAAACCGAUUGAUGAUCAUAUUUUUACAAUUCAACAAUUAUAGCAAUAAUAUUAAAAAAAAUUACCCCUGGUGGGUUGUACCGAGAACAAUGUGUAACGACUUUCAUUCAUAUUCUAUAGUGUUUAUUAUUAAAACUGCAUGAUUUUUCCAAGAAUAUUUUUAUCAUAAUAUUCCUACAUCGAAGAAUUUCGGGAGCAGUACUUUGUUAUUUGUGGAUGAAAAAUUGCAACAAAAUAUCUGAACAGGCAAAAACAAUGAAAACAUAAAAAAACACGACCUUGAUUACCUCUUAGAUAAAUUAUUUCUAUUAUAUUUAUUGUAUCUCUUCUUUUCUCUUUCAAUUUGCAGUUCAAAUUAAACUUUUUUCUCAUCUCCAAUUUGAAAUUUAUAAAACAAGCUGAGAUCUAAAAAUGAAAACCAAGAGGAAAUAAUAAAGCAUACCAUCAUUUCUACAGAUAA